CACAUGGUCUUCCUACAACAGCAGCAACACUGCAACUACCCGUCGGCCGAUGUGCGGCCAAACUGCUCCUACGAGGCUAAGAUGCAAGACGGCCUCACUCCACGGCUGAACCCGUCGUUUCCUCGGGAGGAGGCGCAGGUGAAGAGCUGCGGUCCCGAGGAGCCAAACUCCCGUUCGGCAGAGUCACCGGACCACCAGCGGCCCCGGACGGCGACCGCGACGGCAAGCCCCGUGCACACGGCCAGGAGCACCAGUGGCAACUGCGCGCCGAGGCAGCCACUGCCGGGUUUCCAGCAGGCGUUCGGUUCAACGGAGAUCGGCAAGUUUUCGCGCUCGGAGCUUUUUGCCAGUCUCGUCGAGGCAGCGAGCAACGUGAGUAGCGGCCGGAGCAGCAGCAACAGCAGCCUGGACGACCAGUCUGCCACGCGCACGACACCACAACAACAACAACCACAGUCUUCUUGUGCCCCAACUUCCUCCUCCUCGUCGUUCGACAGCUGUAGCGCCAGGUCCUCGUCCCCCGAGCUCCUGGGACCCGGGACCCCGUCCCCCUGCUAUGGCUACGCCCGGUUACCGGCAGGUGCUGCUGCUGCUGACUUUGUCGGCCAGUCUAACGGCUUGGCGACCAGCUCCCUGCCCCGCUGGCACAGUCCUUACGUUGGCGCUGUAGGUAGCGAAUUUUAAACCAAGCGAGGGAUUGAAAAAACCUCCCUUUCUCUCCCGUGUCCGUUUCUUCCUCUCUUAUUGCGGUGCUUUUCGGGUUACCUUGUUUUUUUUUUUUUUUUUUUUCAUUUUUCGUGGAUCAUUGGAUGAUUGUUUCACGGUGUUUUUUUAUCGAAAUCUUCCAUGUACCUAAUACUCGUUGCGGUUCAACGACGUGAAUUAUCAUCUCGGUACCACCGGUAAUAGAAAUAUACAGGUAACCUAUAUGCGUACAGUACAUGAAAAUUAAAUUUGAUGGAUCGGGUUACUCUCGCAUGUCAUACACAGUAAUUGGUUGUGUCGUUAUAAAUAUUGUCGGUGUACGUAUAUAUAUACCUUGCCAUCCUCCUCGGUUGGUUUACACUCUUAUGAUUUACGUAUACUUUCAAGCGUAUGAUAUAUAUAACAUGUGCAUGCGAAUGUGCAAUUCCAAGGAUUAAACUUCCUGUACCGAUAAUACAACCCACGAAUUCUGUGCCAUAUCGAGCGAUUUUUGUGCCAUCAAGUAUAUAAAUUAAAAUUAACGUGUU